GUCCCAGUAGAAGACUAGAAGAGCUGACUGAACGAGGCAGUGGUCAUUACCAAGGCUGUCAUCAUGGGGGACUGGUCCUUCCUGUCUGCAUUGUUGGACAAGGUGCAGUUACACUCCACUAUUGUGGGGAAAGUCUGGAUGAGUGUUCUUUUCCUCUUCAGGAUCUUCAUCCUAGCUGCUGGCGUGGAUACAAUAUGGGGAGAUGAACAAGCAAACAUGGACUGUAACACCAAAAGCCCUGGCUGCAAGAAUGCCUGCUACGAUCGAUCCUUCCCCAUGUCUCACACACGCUUCUGGGUCAUCCAGAUCCUCAUCGUUUCCACUCCGACACUCAUGUACCUGGGCCACGUCCUGCUGGUGAUUCGCAGAGAGAACAAGCUGAGGAGACGCCAAGAGCAGAAACUCUGUAAAAACGGGAUGGUUAAAGCUCCAAAGUAUUCAGACGAUCAUGGCAAAGUCCAGCUCAAGGGCGUCCUGCUGGCCAGCUACAUGAUCCAGCUGCUCUCCAAGGUCCUGCUUGAAGUGGGAUUCAUCGUAGGCCAGUACUACCUCUAUGGCUUCAUAUUCAUGCCCAGUAAGAUUACAUUUUCUGACUACCCCUGUCGAGCCCCAGUGGACUGCUUCAUAAGUCGCCCCACAGAGAAAACCAUCUUUAUUGUCUUUAUGUUGGCAAUGUCCGUCUUCUCUGUGGUCCUCAACAUCAUGGAGAUGUUCCACCUGAUGAUCUCAAAAAUGAUCAGCAGGAAAAGGAAGAACAGCAGUUCAGAGAUAUACUCUCUUGACAAACCUAACCACAAUUCAGCUGAGGGAGUUACAUACUGUUGAAGGACUGUGAACACACAGACAUACCUGUCAGUCUGCCAGGGACCUUGCCUCUCCCUUUGCUUCAAGGUUGUUUGACAUAAAUAUUGAGUUAAGUCACAUCCAGUUUUUUAUUACAUGUAUUUAGUGUACCAACAGUUAUACAUUGUAUAUUUUACUUUUUACUUCAAGCUUUGCAUGAAUCCGGUCUGUGGCAAGUAGCAGAGGAGAUUAUAUUCAACCUUGUCGAUUAAAAUUGCACACAUGUGGUCAAUGUGAACAUGACAUUAUCUGGUCCAAGAGUACUGAAUGUGGAGUUGUGCUUGAGUGAGACCUCUGAGUUUUCAGUUAAAGCUGGGGAGUCUGAUGUGUUUGUAUUUUCUAUCUUGAAUGUGAUUUUGAUCAAUUUCUAUCUGUUAAGUUCAUGGCUAUAUCCAACCUUAGGAUAGAAUUUCUAGUAAGGAUGACCACAUUCUUUGGUCAUCUUGACCCAGCUGGCUACCAGUGUCAUUUGAUGUUGAUUUUGACGUCAGGUGACCAAAAUUCAAUGUCAUGACAACGUCUAAUGCAUACAUCAAUUCCGCGUAGAAUAUUAACAACAGAUGACAUUGACAUUUUGUUGGUUUUAAGAGUUGUUGUUAAGUAACCAAAUUCCAGUGUCUUCCAAAUGUUUCAUGCAAACAGCACCUUGACAUACGAGAACAACACUUACUCACAAGGUAUGGAAACCAAGACCCAAGGUUUGCAAAACAUCAUAAUGUUAACAACCACACAACAUGAAAUUCUAAUGUCAUUAGAUAUUUAAAAUAUCGCCAACCAAAUUGUCACUCCGCUCAAAAUUUCAUAGUGUGUCUGAAGCUCUGGUUCAGGAUCACUUUGACUCUGGUAAUUUUAAAACUUCAUCCAUAUAUACAUGUUGAGCCUGGACAUUUUAGGAAGCUUAGUUGGCUAACAGUUGAGAAGAAGCUCAACCUUAGGAUGUUGAUUUCUUACAUAAAAAAAGAAAACAGUGUUAAUCUGGACAUACACUGUAUGAUUUGAGACCAUUUCUGACCCCGUUUUUGAGUGGAACCACUCAUUUUAGAGUCAGACCAAAUUUCAGCUUUUUCAGGAGUGGUUUGCCAUGCUGUAUACAGGGAGAAGGGAGGACUGAUCAUGUGAUCCUGAUUAAGUGUCGUCCAGAUUAUCUAUCACACUAUCGCAAUCAAUAUGAAUGAGAGAAAAGUUGGCAGGAAAUAAUCACUGAUGUUCAGCUACCUAGUAAUAUUUUCUGUACUGUUCAAAUUAAGUUUUACCUGCCUUGGAGCUUUCAAAUUAAUCUUUAUUUACAAUUUUCAAUAGACAGAACGGUCUGCAGGGGGCCGACAGGCCAUUGUAUUUUCUGCUUUACUUGUACGGUGUAAGCACUGGCUUGACGAUCAAACCGUAGAGUGUGAAAACAUGAAUGGUGAACUUUGGCUUUACAACACAGACAAUUUACUCAUACAGUGGGAGUUAAACAUUUAUAAAAUCAAACAGUGUAUUCUCUGCUUUAGUGUAUUUUGGGGAUUUUCACUGAAUAAAGACACAUAGCUAUUCAACAAGAAGUAGUACAACACAUUUUAUGUUGUUCCAUUUUAAGAGUUUCAUUGGUGAAAUCACAUUUCUUUAGUGUACUGCUGUACAGUAGUCCCAGUUAAACGCCUUGUCCCUUUUACUAGCCAGGUGUGGCCACACAGUUUGACAAAUGCCUGUUUCAAUUAGACGCCUGGUCUGGUUGCCAAGCAGUUCAUUUUUAAGAAGUUCUUGCUGUUUAGAUUGUGCAUUCAAAUAUAAAUCUUUAAACAUGGCCAAUAUGGAGAUGCUUCACAUAGAUUCUCCACAAUUCAAUUAUUCACUUCAUUUUACUGAAAGCAUAAGCAGCAAAGAAUAAUUCAUUGAGAUUUACUGGCCUGGUAAAUGAGGGAAGAAGUAGUGUACAGUACAGAGGCUGGGCAUCUGAUUUAAUACUAGGGAUGAAUCAAAGCCAAAAUACAUUAUCCCACGCUUUAUACUGCUGUUUACCUCAGACAUCAGUCACAGUUAUGAUAUCUAUAUUAACUGUAAAUCACUUAAGUAUGAACAGAAGGUUUGUGGCUCGGGAGUGUCCAACAGGAGUCACAUGGAGACAGUCACAGGCCAUAUGAGCCUUGUAAGUUAAAGAGAAUAACUUACACACCAAAAUCUGCAGUACAGUAAGAUCAAAUUUCACUCACAAUAUAACUUCCAGUGGGUACAGUGAUGCUGGGUCGUGGAUGCUGUCCUGCUGUCUUGUAGUGGAGACUGGAUUAAAUCGGGGAGGUGACUGUUAAAAAAUACACAGUACUGUUCUGUAAAUAACAAAAUUAUCAAAAGCAAUUGCAAUAUGUAUCUAAUAUACGUAAAGUAUUGGUCACAGUGUAAAUUCACCAACAUGAGUAUUUAGUUAAAACACUCAGAAAGAUCUGACCUGGAAUCAGUCAUGUAGCCUGGACCUGGACUUUACUUGACCUGCCUGUUUUUCAUUUAUAAAAUAAAAACUUAAUGGUAAUGUCUGUUAACAUUGAAA